AAUCCGGACUUUCCUAUGGCUUCGCUGUACGUGGGCGACCUGCACCCUGAGGUGACGGAGGCAAUGCUGUACGAGAAGUUCAGCCCGGCCGGGCCCAUCCUCUCCAUCCGCAUUUGCAGGGACAAGAUCACCCGCCGCUCGUUGGGCUAUGCGUAUGUCAACUACCAGCAACCGGUGGACGCCAAGCGGGCCCUGGAGACCCUGAACUUUGAUGUCAUCAAGGGCAGGCCAGUGCGCAUCAUGUGGUCCCAGCGGGACCCCUCGCUCCGCAAGAGCGGGGUGGGCAACGUCUUCAUCAAGAACCUGGGCAAAACCAUCGACAACAAGGCGCUGUACAACAUCUUCUCGGCGUUCGGCAACAUCCUCUCCUGCAAAGUGGCCUGCGACGAAAAGGGGCCCAAGGGCUACGGGUUCGUGCACUUCCAGAAGCAGGAGUCCGCCGAGCGGGCCAUCGAUGCAAUGAAUGGCAUGUUCCUGAACUACCGCAAAAUUUUCGUUGGGAGAUUCAAGUCGCAUAAGGAACGAGAGGCCGAAAGGGGAGCCUGGGCCAGGCAGUCCACCAGUGCUGACGUCAAGGAUUUCGAGGAAGACACCGACGAGGAGGCCACCUUGCGAUGAAGACAUCCCAGGAGCGAGCCAGCCAGCAGAGCCAAACCUUGGCUCCCACCCGGUUUACAACCCCACCCUUUGC